UUCAGUGAGUAGUCGUUAUAGGAUAGAAAAUUAUUAUUUGGAACGAAUGUAAUCUCAGUUAAAAUAGAAAAACAAAACAUGAAGUUACAAAUAGUUAUAACAAAGUAUUUAUAGUCACCAUGCUUUUAUACUUUGUUUCAAUAGAUGCGUAAUUUCGUAAAACUAAAAACUGCCUUUUUUUAUCAGGUUUGAUUGCUUAACGUAUUCAGUGUUGGCUUCAUCGUUAUUAAAAUUGUCACAUGAUGCUUUACUGUCCAAUUUCAUAUUAAUUAAGAUGUGUCACAACUUUAUACGACUUUGAGUUUCUCAUCGUGUUCGUACUAUAUACUUUGCUACGUUAUAACAUUGAAUUAAUAUAUACUGGUGAAGGUGGUGAUAACUACAAUAGCUAUGGAUAAUAAUAGCCAUACGCCAUUAUUAGCUUAUUCUGUGGAACCAGUAGUUUUAGAUGAGCAGAUAGUGCAAGGAGAAGUAAAUAGGACACUUUUUUCAAAGUAUAAAGUGAAGAAACUAUAUAUUGCUGCAUUGGCUUCAUGGAUUGGUUCGAUGGCUCAAGGAACAGCUCUGGGGUUUUCGUCACCAGUGAUUCCAAAGCUAGAAAACGGUACAGACAUUUCAUUAACCAAAGAAGACUUAUCUUGGUUUGCUAGUUUACUACCAAUUGGAGCUUUAGUUAGUGGAUUUGUUGGUGGUACCAGUGCUCAAAUAUUUGGAAGAAAAGGGACCUUACUAAUAACUUCAGUUUGUUUUCUUGUGGGAUGGUUGCUCAUUACAUAUGCUUCUUCUGUUGCUAUGUUAAUGACUGGAAGGUUUGUAACAGGCUUUUCUUGUGGCUUAAUGUCGCUUUGUUCACCCUUGUAUGUGAUAGAGAUUUCAACUCCAGAUGUUCGUGGAUUUUUGGGAACUUGUAUUCAGGUGAGUUUAACUAUUGGAGACUUGAUUACUGUUGCUGUGGGAAUGAUUAUUUCGUGGAGGUGGUUAGCUUUUUUUUGUACACUUUUUCCAACAAUUCUUCUUUUUUUGUGUUUGUUUCUACCAGAGAGUCCACGCUGGCUAUUAGCCAAGAAACGCUCUAUUGAUGCUCUCGAAGCUUUGAAGUUUCUUCACCACGAUACUGUAACAGUACAAAAAGAGCUUGAGGUCAUUGAACAUAACUUGCGUAUCAGACCAAGAAUGAAUAUGACAUUCAGAGAUUUGUGUCAGGCAGCUGUGGUGAAGCCUCUGUUUUUGAGCCUUGCCUUAGUUCUUUUUCAACAGUUUUGUGGUAUGACUUCAAUUGGGUUUUACUCAGUAUCAAUCUUCCAGUCAGCUUCAACUGUGAUUGGUGGUUAUCAGUCUGCUGUUAUCAUGUCUUUUGUCGGUGUCAUUUCAACAGCCAUAGCAAGUUUGGUUAUGGACAGACUUGGAAGAAAGACACUACUUAUUUCCUCGGGGUCUCUGAUGUCAGUUACCCUAUGUUUCUUAGGAAUAUUUUUUUAUUUUAAUACUAAAAUAGACAGUUCCUUUUCGCAGAGUUAUGGAUGGCUACCUCUCACCACUCUUAUAUUUUACACAGUGGCAUUUUCAUUUGGAUAUGGACCAAUACCUGCCCUUAUGGCCAGUGAACUUCUUCCAUUUCGAGCUCGAGGAUUGGUGGAUGGAUUCUUAACAUGUUUUGGUUGGACCUGUAGUUUCUUGGUGACAAAGCUUUUCCAAAAUAUGAUAGAUCUCAUGCAGGAAUAUGGAGUUUUCUGGUUCUAUAGCAUUGUAUGUUUUUGUAGUUGUAUUUUUGUGAAGACUGUUCUACCAGAAACAAAAUGUCGCUCACUUGAAGAUAUAGAAGACACUUUUGAUAAAUAUGAACCCCUAACCAACUGUGAAUGAAAAACUUGUACAUAUUCAAGUUAGAUAAGUUUCCUUGCUUAACCUACAAAAUGGUGGUGUAUAAAUGAAAAAUAAUUUUACAGGUAUGACAGAUUAGGUUUGUAAUUUAUUGAUUUACAGUAAAAAAAUAAUAUACAAUUUUAUUCAUCAGCUUCUAACAUAGGAGACAAUAUUUAUGAAGUUAACUUGCAAACUGUAUAUAUCUAAAUUAUGAGAACAUUGUAUCAGAUGUUUUGUACUCUUUCUUGAACUAGAUAAAGGUUUUGGUGAAACAAAAAUUAUACAUUAACAUGAUGUAUUGAUAUUGUAUGGGCAAAUCUAAGGUUUUUGAGAUAGUUUAGUAUUCUUGGGCUACUUUUAUACUUUAACUAAUUUUAAAUAAAAUUAUGAUUUUUUUUUUUUUUGGAAAGAAAAAAAGAGCAAAGUCAGAUGUGCAAAUAUGCGUGUAUAAAUUAUUUAAUAUAAAAGUUGACACAAGUAAUCAACUCAAAUGUAUUUUUACAAGGAGUCUUUCUUUUUCAGAUUUAUUUGCAAAUUAAUUAUCUCAUCCUUGUUAACUUAAUAUUUACUGUCUGAUGCAGUUCAUGCAUUUUGAUAAAGUGCAUUCAUUUAUUAUCGUGUUAACAAUAAACCUUCUGAAAAUCAAUGAAAUUGAUAAAAUGUUCAAAUUUUGUCUUUACUACAUAUAUUUGGAGAACUUACUGUAAUAAAAAUUACUUCCAAAGUAAUGAAAUAUGUAUAUUUGAAGUAAUAUAGUCUAUUGUUCUAAAAAAUGUUGAUGCCUUUGUCAAUAACUUACAGGUAAACUAUGCACGUUUUUUUGUCAUUUAUCAUUGUCUCCAAUAAAUAUGAAACCUAUACGACAAA